AUGAAUCAAUCUAUGGCUAAAUUGUAUUCUCAAGAUGGAACAGGAAGAGAUUCUUACAUCUUUUGUGAUAACGGAGGCUUUUAUCCAGGUAAUUUCAAAUUAUAAAAAACGCCAUAACAUUAAAGCUGGGCUUAUGGUACACACUCUCCUCAAAAAACUCAUUUCAAACCUGAAAAACGAUAAUUUUAUAUAAGUGAUGGCACUGGAAGAGAUACAUAUGUUAUUAGAAAUGUAUAAGAUAAAGCAUUUUUUUCUCCUGAUUUUUCAUUUCAAUUAAGAAAAUAUGAUUCGCAAAUUAUGAAUCCUUAAUACCCAUACAAAUUACCUCCAUUAAAGUAGGCUUAAUAAUCGAUUAAAUCUGAUAAGCAGAAAUCAUUAAUAUAGAGGCUAGCAAAACCAAAGCUUAGAACUUAAAGUGAUUGA